UCGUGUUAUAAACUUUUUAGAACUUGAACUUUUAUAAAGUUUGAAGUUGAGAGUAGAGUUGGUUUGUACUGAAAUAACAUAGAACUAGUAAUAAUUUGAGAGUGUAACGUUUCACACUUUACAACAUGUAGUCAAAAGCUCCUUCUCAAAAUAAAACGUCCACAAAGGUUUCAACAGUGAUUGAAAUCUUUAGAAAUGGCGGAAAUUGGCGAUGAAGAUGCGGUCGAGAGUGAUCCGCGGCUGCUCUUCAUCUACAAUUAUUUAUCAAAAACUGUCAAAUUCAAAGUUGAUAAAUGGCAGAAAAUGAUGGGUAAUGAGGAAUUCAAGUCGAUCAUCAUGGACUUCUUCAGCAAGACAUUCAUCAAUAUGCUGGUGGUGCGGCUGACUCCUGCCGGGGUGCUGAUGCCCUCUCACACCUUCCCACCGGGCAGCAAGGUCAAAAUGUCCUACUUUGUGCGAUGUCGGGAAGAAGUCAUCACUCCGGAGAAUUUCAAAGAACUGAUCGUCUAUGGAGACGUGGCACCUAAACCUAUCGAUGAGCUGGCUGUGUUGGUAGAAGAGGUGAUGAUGCCCCUGCUAACAAACCCAUCAAACCAUACGAACUGGCCCCAGGUUGUAGUUCACGAUGUCAAGAAACAUGUCACCGAUUUGAAAAACAUUGUCUACAAAGUGCGCGGAGAAAUAAAUGGCCAGACUCUGCUGCCUUUGCCCGAUGGAAUCGAUAAGGUCUAUGAAGUCGAGAGCCGGAUUAUUGAAAGUAAUGGAGAAGACGUAGAUUUGAAGUUGAAGAGUGCCUUGGAAGGUGCAGUGAUCAAGUGGGCCACUCAGGUCAACAACAUUAUCAAGCAGACCUCUAACCAGGUGUUUCAAGCUGAGCGACAUCCUGUUCCACAAGCAGAAUUUGAUUUCUGGAAAUCGCGAGCAAUCAACCUGGAGAGUGUAUAUGAGCAGCUGUCAGAUCCUCGGGUGAAGACCAUGGCAUCUAUACUGCAGCUGAGUGACAGUGCAUAUCUGCCUUGCUUCAAAACUAUAUUUAGAAAUGUGGUCGCUGGAGUUCAUGAGGCUCGAGAAAUAGAUAAAUUUCUGAAACCGUUGCAAAAGCAAAUUAUUGCAAUAGAAAAUGCAGAAUUCAAUGAAAUCGCUCCUCUGCUCUCACCAAUGUUGCAUGUUCUGUGUCUGACCUGGGUGCACUGCAAGUACUAUUGCUCUUCAACCAAAGUCAUUACUGUACUGAAAGAGAUUUGCAACCUACUCAUUCUGCAGGCAAAUAAAUAUCUGGAUCCUGAAUCUAUAUUUCAAGGUGAAGUUGACGAGACUAUUCCUCGUUUGAAAUCCGUUAUCAAUAUUCUGAAUGAUUUCAAGCAACUGUUCGAAAGUGCUCGCGUGCAUCUUCUGUCUCUGUUUCCCCCGGAAGCGACGGUUGUUCCGUGGGAGUUUCAUUCCAAUCUGGUGUUCGAUCACCUCAACACCUACUUGAAGCGUCUCGAUGUAAUCGAUGAGUUCUUCAAAAUAGUGGUGGAGUACUCGAAACUGGAGAAGGUGGAAAUCGGUGGUCUGAACGGCCGCAGUCUGGGCACAAAAGUGGCGCAGAUCUUUGACGAGUUCUCGAUGGCGUUCAGCGUUCUGCAAGCUGUCCACUACAACCCGGCCGACCCCGAGGAUCCCUCCUUCAUCGAAGACUACGACCGCUUUGUCGGCAAAAUCCUCGACCUGGACAGGCGCAUGGCGGCCAUUGCAUCGCUGGCCUUCGACGAAUGCCACAAUCUCGAGCAGAUAUUCAAGAUGCUGUAUGUGAUGGGUUCAAUAUUGGAAAGACCAAUAAUAAGCGUUGAAGUCUCACCCAAAUAUCCUCGAAUCAUCCGUCUCUUAAAUGAGGAAGUGGAUUCAGUAAAGAAUCUGUUCGAUUCGCAAGCUAGUGUGUUGCGAGAAAGCAGCAAAAUGAUGGUUGGCGCUCACUGGCCGCCUGUCUCUGGCAGUCUAGUAUGGAUUUCCAAUUUGAGAGCUCGCAUCACGAAUCCUGUCGAAACUUUUAAAGCAUUUGAUAAUCCUAUCUCUCACACUGCUGAAGCUGAGAGAGUGCUGGAAAAGUUUGAAAAUAUGAUAUCGCUACUUGAUGACCUGGAAAUGGAACUGAUCGACCGCUGGGUGAGCAGAGUGCCUGAAGAGUGCCAACAAAAUCUCAAUAAAUCACUCAUCACCAUCAACACUGACAAAAUGUUGAAUCUGAAUUUUGACCCCAAGCUUGCUGCUGCGCUGAAAGAAGUUCGCUAUUUGAGUCUGAUUGGCAAGGGUGAUUAUAUUCCUGAAGCAGCAAAUGAUUUAUUCAGCAGAAGUGAUGAACUAUUCGAGUACACUUUCAAUCUCAAUUUGAUGAUAAAAGCGUAUAAUAGAAUGCGGAAACGUAGCCGUCCUCAGGAAUUCGCUCUGGUGUCAAGUGAAAUUGCUGAAAUUGAUGAAUUACUUGAAGAGGCCCAGUCAACUUUGAACUGGAAUUCGGAAGGUGAUUGGGAUUACAUAGUGAAAAUCAGAGAUCUUGUUGAAAAACUCGCUAAACGUGUUGAUCACAGUCAAGACAACCUGGAGAAAAUUAUCAAACUUAUCAACUCAUGGAAUUUUCUACCCUUACAUAACCGUUCGCAUGGAACACAGGACUCUCUGCUAGACCUUGAAGGUGGACCAGAAAGAGUUGUUAAAAGGUACAACGAAAUCUCGAACGCAGCUGUCUCAAUAACAAAGCUGGUGAAAGAGAACUUCUACCUUUACCACAACAUUCCGCUGCCCGAGCCGCCCGAGCCACCGAAGAAGUCGGUCUCGGAGGACGAGGAGGAGGCGCUAGUCUUUGAGGAGGUGGCGGCCGAGCUGGCCUUGGAGGAGGCGGACGACGGCGGUGGAUCGGACGAUGAAGGCAGCGAAGCGGCGGCAAGGAAAUCGCAGAAGGCCAAACCCGACGCGGAAGCGACCGUCAAGCUAGAGGCUGCUGAAGGUCACGACGAGGAGGAAGCCGCCGAAACAAGCGACAUCAGUCGCUUCUCGAAGUCGGCCAGUGUCGAUCAGUCUCGUGUUUCGAGAGCCUCCAUGAAGAAAUCGAUCGAACCAGAGACUGCAACUCGCGCCUCGAGAGCUUCCAUGAAGCAGUCUGUCGAACAGGAGGAAGCUGAUGUGAAAGAGGAGAAGGAGGCCGAGCCUGUGUCAAAGCCGAGUGUGUCAAAGAAGGCGGCGCCGCAGAAGGGCAGCCCCAGGAAGUCGAGGGUGAAAAGUGGAAAGGGAGCGAAGAAAGGGAAGAAGGAAGUAGAACCAGAGCCAGAGGAACCUGAGCCUGAGUCUCCAGUUGAACCGCAACUCACAUUCUCUCAAGAGAAGUUCUUGCAAGUUGAAGAAGAUGAAGAGCUCAGGGAUCGUUGGUACAAUUACUUGGAUAUGGUUGAUGAAAUCAUGCUGGAAGGAUUACUUCAUUGUGUUGGUUGCAGCCUUGGCCUCAUAAAUGACAAUAUGAAUCCAGCCAAAGUGCCCUCUCCACUGUUCUCGGUGCGUUUGGAGCUGGUGGAGCCUGAAAUAGUUUUCAUUCCGCCACUGGACUUCGACUCUGAAGACCCUCAAUCAUUUGUCAACAUUGUCACCAACGUCAUGCACGAAAUCAACUUCCAGGCGUCCCUUGUUCCCCGCAUUUCAAAGCGCCAUGCUGAAGGAGAUUACUUGAAUAACGUUGUGAAUCACGAAGAUAUCAGUGAUAUGAAAAAUGAGACCAUCAUGAGGGUGAACUUGGCCAUAAAUGAGGCGAUAAAAUACUGCUCAGCCUUUGAACAGUACAGUUACCUAUGGUUGGAUGACAGAGAUCUCUUCCUGAAGCAGUUUCUUACUUAUGGUCAUCCUCUAACCCCAGAGGAGUGUGACAUGGAAGGGAAACUGGAUGAUGAAGGGUUGCCAUUACUCAAGGAGUGUCCUCCCAAACUGGAAGCCUUCAAAACUCAGAUUGACAUCUACGAGCAGCUCUAUACCGAAGUCGAUAAAAUUGAGAUGCAAAAAGUGUUUUUCUAUUGGUUCGUGAUAGAUAUCAGACCAUUCAAGCAAGCACUUCUGAACACAGUCUGCAAGUGGAGUAUGAUGUUCAAGCAGCAUCUCAUCAAUCAUGUUGUCAACAGCUUGAACGAACUGGCGAAAUUCGUGGAAGAAGCUGACGUGGGUCUCAUGAAGCCGUUGACCGAAGGUGACUACGAUGGAUUGGUGACCGUGAUGGGAUACUUGAUGCAGGUCAAGGAGCGCCAGAUGACCACUGACUACAUGUUCGAGCCUUUGCGAGACAUCAUCGAACUUGUCAAAACAUACGAUCUCGAAUUCCCCGAAGAGACCUAUGUACUCCUACAGGAUCUGCCAGACCGCUGGAAUAAUACAAAGAAAACAGCGAUCGCUGUGAAAGCAGCAGUGAUGCCUUUGAUGCAGGCCGAAGCAAACACCGUGCGCAAACGUCUUGUUUUGUUCGACAUCAGACAAGGAUUGUUCAGAGAUUCAUUCAGGAGGAGUCCUUUCUUCAGAUGGGAGUGUGAAGAUGUGUACAAAGAAAUAGAUAAAACUCACUUCGAGAUGAUGGAGCUUGAACAGUUAACGGAGAAGUUAACGCAACAGGCCACACUUUUCGAGGUCAUUGUACCCGAAUUCAAACUUGUCAAACAGUUGCGCAAAGAACUGAAAAUGGUCAAGAUACUAUGGGAUUACAUCCUUGUUGUCCGAUCCUGGAUUUCUGACUGGGAAGGCACUCAAUGGAAAAGGAUUGAUUCUGAAACCAUGGAUAUGGAACUUAAAAAGUUCUCAAAAGAGAUACGAACCUUGGAUAAGGAAAUGAGAGGUUGGGAUAUCUAUGUGCAACUCGAGUCUGUUAUAAAGAAUAUGAUCACUGCUCUAAGAGCAGUCACCGAACUACAGAAUCCUGCCAUUCGUGAACGCCACUGGAAACAACUGAUGGCAGCUACAAAGGUGAAGUUUGUAAUAGGAGAGAGCACCACUCUAGCUGAACUGCUGGCAUUAAACCUGUACAAGUAUGAGGAGGAAGUGAAGACAAUAGUGGACAAGUCAGUGAAGGAGAUGUCGAUGGAGAAGACUCUGAACGAGAUGAACCAGACCUGGUCGACCAUGGAGUUCGAGUAUGAGCCUCAUCCACGCACCGGGUGCAAAGUGCUCAGGGUCUCCGAAGAGCUCAUCGAAAUACUCGAGGAUAAUCAGGUCCAGUUGCAGAACAUGAUGAGCUCGAAAUUUAUCGCCUACUUCUUGGAGGAAGUUUCCGAUUGGCAGAAGAAGCUGUCGAAUGCUGAUCAAGUCAUUCAUAUUUGGAUUGAGGUGCAGAGAACCUGGAUGCACCUGGAAUCUAUUUUUAUCGGCUCAGAAGAUAUUCGUCGACAGCUUCCUGACGAUUCUAAACGAUUCGAUUACAUUGAUAAGGAAUUCAGGGUUCUACUGGAUGAUAUAGCAAAAACUCCAAAUGUUAUAAAAGCCACCAAUAAGCCAAAACUGUUUGAAAAACUUGAACUACUGCAAAGCGAACUGAUCAAAUGUGAAAAAGCAUUGGCCGAGUACUUGGAAACAAAGCGAUUGGCUUACCCUCGCUUCUAUUUUGUCUCUUCUGCUGAUCUUCUAGAUAUUCUCUCUAAUGGAAACCAACCUGAACUGGUGUGCAGGCAUCUAACAAAACUAUACGACUCCAUUGCAAAGUUGAAAUUCCAGCAAGAAAACAAUAAAAAUACAAAAAUCGCUAAAGGGAUGUUCGCUAAAGAUGGAGAGUACGUUGAGUUUAGUAUCGAUUGCGACUGCAGUGGUCAAGUGGAGAAGUGGCUGAACAACGUGACGGAUGCGAUGCGCAUAUCGGGCCGCCACUACUUCUCGGAGGCGGUGGUGACGUACGACGAGAAGCCCCGCGAGCAGUGGCUGUUCGACUACCCGGCGCAGUGUGCGCUCUGCGGCACCCAGAUCUGGUGGACCACCGAGGUCAACCUCGCCUUCGCUCGCCUCGAGGAGGGCUACGAGAACGCGCUCAAAGACUACCAGAAGAAACAGAUAUUGCAGUUGAGUACUCUGAUUACUCUGUUGCUUGGAGAGCUGACAGCCGGCGACAGACAGAAAAUCAUGACAAUCUGCACAAUAGACGUUCACUCCAGAGAUGUUGUCUCCAAGCUCAUUAUGAUGAAAGUUGAGAACAGCUCAGCUUUCCAAUGGCAGUCCCAACUGAGACACAGAUGGGACACUGAUAUUAAGGACUGCUUUGCCAACAUCUGUGAUGCACAGUUCCGAUACGACUAUGAGUACUUGGGAAACACACCUCGACUGGUUAUUACACCUCUCACUGACCGAUGUUACAUUACACUCACUCAGUCUUUGCAUUUGGUGAUGGGCGGAGCUCCGGCAGGUCCCGCUGGAACGGGCAAAACUGAAACAACAAAGGAUUUGGGAAAGGCUAUUGGCAUUAUGGUCUACGUCUUCAAUUGUUCUGAACAAAUGGAUUAUAAGUCGUGUGGCAACAUCUACAAGGGCCUGGCGCAGACGGGGGCGUGGGGCUGUUUCGACGAGUUCAACCGCAUCAGUGUGGAGGUGCUGUCAGUGGUGGCCGUGCAGGUGAAGACGGUGCUCGACGCCAUCAAGGCCAAGAAGACGCAAUUCAUGUUCCUCGGCGAGCUCAUCCAGCUGGUGCCCACUGUCGGCAUGUUCAUCACCAUGAACCCGGGAUACGCCGGUCGAGCCGAGCUGCCCGAGAACCUAAAAGCUCUGUUCAGACCUUGCGCUAUGGUUGUUCCUGAUUUCGAGCUGAUCUGCGAAAUUAUGUUGGUUGCUGAGGGAUUCCAGGAGGCACGUCUGCUGGCGAGAAAGUUCAUCACUCUGUACUCACUGUGUAGAGAGCUGCUGUCCAAACAAGAUCACUAUGAUUGGGGCUUACGUGCCAUCAAGUCUGUUUUGGUUGUUGCUGGUUCCCUCAAGAGAGGAGACAAACAACGGCCUGAGGAUCAAGUCCUGAUGCGAGCAUUGAGAGACUUCAACAUUCCGAAAAUCGUUACCGACGACAUGUCGAUUUUCAUGGGUUUGAUUGGAGACCUCUUCCCGGCACUGGACGUUCCGCGCAAGCGUGACCUUGACUUUGAAAAACAGGUGAAACAGGCCGCAGUUGACCUUCAUCUGCAGCCUGAAGAGAACUUCAUCCUCAAGGUUGUUCAAUUGCAAGAGCUAUUUGCCGUUCGUCAUUCAGUAUUUAUUGUUGGUAAUGCCGGUACUGGAAAGUCUAUGGUUUGGAAAACUUUGUACCGAACCUAUCAGAACCAGAAACGAAAACCAGUCUAUUUCGAUUUGGAGCCCAAAGCUGUCACAAACGACGAAUUGUUUGGAAUUAUCAAUCCAUCAACUCGUGAAUGGAAAGAUGGUUUAUUCUCUGUUUUGAUAAGAGAGCAGGCGAAUAUGGCAGGAGAUGGUCCAAAGUGGAUGGUUCUAGAUGGCGAUAUCGAUCCCAUGUGGAUUGAAUCUCUAAAUACAGUUAUGGAUGAUAAUAAGGUGUUGACUCUAGCCAGCAACGAGCGAAUCGCACUGACACCCUCGAUGCGACUGCUGUUCGAGAUUUCGAACCUGCGCACGGCCACCCCAGCCACCGUGUCCCGUGCUGGUAUCCUCUACAUCAACCCGCAGGACCUCGGCUGGAACCCCUACGUGGCCAGCUGGAUCGACAGCCAGGACGAGUCCAAGAAGGCCAUCCUCAUGGUGCUCUUCGACAAGUACAUCCCACCCUGCCUGGAGGCCUCCCGCACCAAGUUCAAGAAGAUCACUCCGAUCCCGGAGAUCGCGCACAUACAGAUGCUGUGCACUCUGCUGGAGUCUCUCCUCAUACCGUCCAAUGUCCCUAAUGACUGUCCCAAAGAGUGGUACGAGAUCUACUUUGUGUUCGCCUGUGUUUGGGCGUUCGGCUCCUGUACAUUCCAAGAUCAGCUUGUUGAUUGGAGAAAUGAGUUUACAAAAUGGUGGACAAAUGAAUUCAAAACAGUGAAAUUUCCUGGCACGGGUCACGUGUUCAAUUACUUCAUUGACAACGACACAAAGCGAUUUGUGCCUUGGAGUGAACGAGUGCAGAAGUUUGACCUUGAUCAUGACAUACCUCUUCAAUCUGCGGUUGUGAACACGACGGAAACAACGCGUGUGCGCUACUUCUUGGACUUGCUGUUGGAGAAGAAGAAGCCGGUGAUGCUGGUGGGGGCAGCUGGCUCAGGCAAGAGUGUCUUGACUGCCGAGAAGCUGAACUCACUGUCUGACAACUAUGCCGUCACCAAUGUCCCUUUCAACUUCUACACUACAUCCGAAAUGCUUCAAAAGGUUUUGGAAAAGCCUCUGGAGAAGAAAGCUGGAAGAAAUUAUGGGCCUUCUGGGAAUAAAACAAUGAUUUAUUUCCUCGACGAUAUGAAUAUGCCUGAGGUGGAUAAAUACGGCACAGUGCAGCCGCAUACAUUGAUCAGACAGCACAUGGACUAUCAGCACUGGUAUGACCGCGUCAAGCUCUCACUCAAAGAAAUCCACAACGUCGUGUUUUUCUCAGCCAUGAAUCCGACCGCUGGAAGCUUCACCAUUGACUCCCGGCUCCAGAGGCAUUUCAGUGUAUUUGCUUUAAGUUUCCCGAGUCAAGAGGCGCUGAAUCACAUCUACACGUCGAUCAUAACGCAGCACUUCAAUCUGCACAACAAGUUCCCCUCGCUGGUGGUGCGGUCAUGUGACCUGAUAGUGCAGCUGGCCCUCGGCAUGCAGGCCAAAGUCGCACAGGUCUUCCUCCCCACCGCAGUCCGCUUCCACUACAUCUGGAAUCUCAGAGAUCUCACCAACAUAUUCCAGGGAAUGCUGUUUGCUUCUAAUGAAUGUGUGAAAACUCCGGGCAACUUUGUGAGGCUUUGGAUGCAUGAAGCCACCAGAGUAUACUGUGAUAAACUCAUCGACACUAGAGACCAAGAGAUCUUCAGAAAGAUGACUCUGGAUAACAUCAAGAAAGUUUUUGCUGAAAUGCCGGAAUCGGAGUACAACGAGAAGCCACUGAUCUACUGUCACUUCGUGGAGGGCAUCGGUGACCCCAAGUACCUACCAAUGCCCAACUGGGUGGCGCUCAACAAGCUCGUCACUGAAGCCAUGGCUCAGUACAACGACCUCGUUGCCGGCAUGAAUCUCGUUCUCUUCGAAGACGCUAUGAGUCACAUAUGCAGAAUAAAUAGGAUAAUGGAAAGUCCAAGAGGCAACGGACUGCUUAUCGGAGUGGGAGGAAGUGGAAAACAGUCUCUGGCUCGAUUGUCGGCGUUCAUUUCAAGUCUUGAGCCAUUCCAGAUUCAGCUCAAGAAAGGCUAUAGUGUCAGUGAUUUGAAGGGUGAUUUAUCCAGCUUGUAUAUAAAGGCUGGUUUGAAAAAUGUCGGAAUCAUGUUCCUGAUGACCGACUCUCAAGUGCCUGAUGAGAAGUUCCUAGUGCUGAUCAACGACAUGUUGGCGUCUGGAGAAAUUCCUGAAUUGUUCCCAGAUGAAGAAGUUGAUAACAUUGUUGCGGCCAUUUCAACUGAGGUUAAAGGAGCCGGUAUCCCAGACACCAGGGAGAACUGCUGGAAGUAUUUCAUCGACCGAGUGAGACGGCUGAUCAAGGUGAUGCUGUGCUUCUCGCCGGUUGGAUCGACUCUUCGCGUGCGCGGAAGGAAGUUCCCAGCGCUCGUCAACUGCACCGCCAUCAACUGGUUCAUGGAAUGGCCGCAGGAGGCGCUAGAGUCGGUGUCGGGUCGCUUCCUCUCUGAAAUCGACGUUCUUCCGUCGAAUCUUCGUAAAGUGGCAUCACAAUUCAUGGCUUACGUCCACAACAGCGUGAAUCAAAUGUCUGGACUUUAUCUGCUCAAUGAACGCCGUUUCAACUAUACAACUCCCAAAUCUUUCCUCGAGUUGAUCAGUCUCUAUGGAAAACUAUUGAAGAAAACAAUCGUUGACGUCAUUGCAAAAACAAAUCGUCUGCAAGUUGGUCUGAAACGUCUUGUCGGAACCUCUGAACAGGUUGGUGGACUGAAAAAGCAACUUGCCGAACAAGAAAAGAUUAUUGCUGAGAAAACAGCUGCAGCAACAAUGUUGAUUAAGAUUGUAGCAAAAGAACAAGACAAAGUGACAAAAGAAAAAAUAUUUGUGGCCGAGGAAGAGAGAAAGGUGAGAAUAAUGGAAGAGGACAUCAUUGUUAAGCAGAAGGUUUGUGAAGAGGACCUGGUUGCGGCCGAGCCAGCUUUGGUUGCUGCUAUGGAAGCUCUCAAUACACUCAAUAAGAAUAACUUGACAGAAUUGAAAUCAUUUGGCAGCCCUCCUGAGCCUGUAGUCAAAGUGACGGAGGCCGUGUUGGUGUUGUUCGCCCCCAAAGGAAAAGUGCCCAGAGACAGGAGUUGGAAAGCUUGCAAAGUGAUGAUGGCAAAAGUUGACUCAUUUCUUGACAAUCUUCUGCACUACGAUAAAGAAAACAUCCAUCCUGAUAUCAUAAAAGAACUUGAAAGACACUAUCUGAACAGUCCAGAUUUUGAUCCCGAAAUUGUCAUUUCGAAGUCGUCGGCAGCUGCUGGUUUAUGUUCUUGGGUGAUAAAUAUUCACAAGUUCCACUUGGUGUGGUGUGUUGUUCUGCCGAAGCGUAAGGCUCUUGCUCAGGCCAACAAGGAACUCGCCGAAGCUCGUGCCAAGUUGGCCGAACUCAAAGUAAAACUGGAGGAACUUGAAGCAGAGUUAGCUAUUCUGACGAAACGUUUUGAAGACGCAGUGGCAGAUAAACUGCAGUGCCAGACCGAAGCUGAAAAAACGGCAGAAACCAUUGAUCUUGCCAAUAGGCUUGUUACUGGGCUGGCUUCGGAAAAUCAGCGCUGGAAAGAAACAGUCAACAAUUUAAUGAAGCAACAGCAAACCCUUCCUGGAGACAUGCUCAUAGUGACAGCAUUCAUCUCUUAUGUGGGAUGCUUCACAAGGAAGUAUCGUAAUGAUCUCAUGCUAAAGUAUUGGUUGCCAUUCAUUCAGAAAUUGAAGCCAUCUAUACCCCUGACUCAUGAGUUGGAUGUGCUCCUGCUGUUGACCGAUGAUGCCCAAGUAGCCGAAUGGAACAACCUGGGUCUGCCCAGCGACCGCAUGUCAACCGAGAACGCUACGAUUCUCGUCAAUUCAGAAAGGUGGCCACUCAUCAUCGAUCCUCAGUUGCAAGGAGUCAAAUGGAUAAAAAUGAUGUAUGCUGAGAAACUGAAGGUGAUACGUCUGGGACACAAAAACUAUUUAGAUCGCAUUGAGAAAGCUGUUUCCGAUGGAGCAACUCUUCUCAUUGAGAAUAUCGGUGAAAGCAUUGAUCCGGUUUUAGAUAAUCUAUUGGGAAGGAACCUUAUUAAGAGAGGAAAAAUUGUGAAAAUUGGUGAUAAGGAGGUUGACUUCAAUAUGAACUUCCGUCUCAUCCUGCACACAAAAUUGGCAAAUCCUCAUUACAAACCAGAAAUGCAGGCGCAAACAACUCUCAUCAACUUCACUGUUACAAAGGAUGGCUUGGAAGAGCAGCUGCUUGCUGAAGUGGUCAAAGCCGAGAGACCUGACCUGGAAACUCUCAAGGCUGAUCUAACAACACAGCAGAACACGUUUAAAAUCACGUUGAAACAGUUGGAAGACGAUUUACUGAUGAGACUGGCAUCGGCUGGACCGGAUAUUCUCAACGACAAAGAGCUUGUAUUGAGACUGGAACAGACAAAGAAGACGGCCGAUGAGAUAGAGCACAAAGUGACCGAAACCAAGGAUACGGGCGUGAAGAUAGACCUGGCCAGAGAGAUGUACAGGCCAGCGGCAAGGCGUGCCUCCAUCCUCUAUUUCAUUCUCAACGAUUUACACAAAAUCAAUCCCAUCUACCAGUUCUCCCUCAAGGCAUUCAGUGUAGUCUUUCAGCAAGCCAUAGCGAAAGCCGAGCAAGCCUUGGAACUUUCAGUGAGAGUCGACAAUCUCAUAGAUUGCAUCACGUUUUCUGUCUUCAUGUACACCAGCCGCGGUUUGUUUGAAAGCGAUAAACUCAUUUUCCUUGCGCAGAUGACUAUCCAAAUUCUGCUCUCCUCAGGUGAAAUAAAAGAAGAGGAGCUUGACUUCUUGCUAAGGUUCCCCUAUGUUGCAAACCUUACUAGUCCUGUAAGCUUCCUCACUAACCAACUGUGGGGAGGCAUCAAGGCUCUUGUAUUGAUGGAUGCUUUCAAAAGUUUGGAUAAAGAUAUCGAAGGCUCUGCAAAUCGUUGGAAGAAGUUCAUAGAGGGUGAGUCCCCAGAACGAGAAAAAUUCCCACAAGAAUGGAAGAAUAAGUCAGCAUUGCAGCGUCUGUGUAUGAUGCGAUCAAUGAGGCCUGACAGAAUGACGUAUGCUGUGCGCUGUUUCAUUGAAGAGAAGCUAGGUACAAAAUUCACUGAGGCCCGUACAGUUGAGUUCUCCAAAUCUUACAAGGAAAUGAGCAGUACUGUUCCAAUGUUUUUCAUACUAUCACCUGGUGUUGAUCCCACUCGAGAUGUUGAGGCGGUUGGUAAGAAGCUGGGAUUCACUGCAGACCGCAGGAAUUUGCACAACAUUUCUCUUGGCCAAGGCCAGGAGUUGAUUGCUGAAUCGACAAUGGACCUUGCUUCAAGGAUAGGCCACUGGGUGAUACUGCAAAACAUACAUCUUGUUAGUAAAUGGCUGCCCAGUUUAGAGAAGAAGAUGGAAGCAUGUGCUGAGCGUCCUCACUCUGAAUAUCGACUGUUCAUAUCGGCUGAGCCGGCACCAACACCAGAUAUGCACAUUAUUCCACAGGGAGUGCUUGAAUCCUCCAUCAAAAUCACUAAUGAACCACCGUCAGGAAUGCUUGCUAACCUGCAUAAGGCUCUCGAUAAUUUCAACCAAGAUACUUUGGAAAUGUGCUCGAAGGAAGCUGAAUUCAAGGCAAUAUUAUUCUCAUUGUGCUAUUUCCAUGCCGUGGUCGCUGAGCGGCGCAAGUUUGGUGCACAAGGCUGGAACCGGACAUAUCCAUUCAAUGUGGGUGAUCUGACAAUAAGUGUGCACGUUCUCUUCAACUAUUUGGAGAACAACACGAAGGUGCCAUGGGAGGAUCUGCGCUACUUGUUUGGUGAAAUCAUGUACGGAGGGCACAUAACUGACGAUUGGGACCGCCGUCUCUGUCGCACCUAUCUGCAGGAAUACAUGUGUCCGGAGCUGGUUGACGGUGACCUGCAUUAUGCACCUGGCUUCCCAGCACCUCCCAACUCAGACUACGUCGGCUACCACAGCUACAUCGAUGACGUUUUGCCGCCUGAAAGCCCUGUACUUUACGGACUGCAUCCCAAUGCUGAAAUAGGAGUCUUGACCAUGUUGUCUGAGAAACUAUUCAGAACAAUUUUCGAGCUACAACCGCGAGACUCAGGUUCUGGAGGUGGAGGAGGUGUUUCUCGUGAGGAGAAGGUCAGGCAGAUACUCGAUGAUAUUCUCGACAAGAUUCCGGACGGCUUCAAUAUUUCUGAAAUGAUGGCACGAGUUGAGGAGAAGACUCCGUACACAGUGGUGGCAUUCCAAGAAUGCGAGAGAAUGAACAUAUUGAUGAAAGAGAUACGACGGUCACUCAAGGAGCUGAGUCUGGGUUUGAAAGGUGAAUUGACUAUAACAUUGGAUAUGGAAGAGCUGGAGACAAGCCUGUUCUUAGAUCAAGUGCCCGAGAAUUGGAUGAAGCGCGCCUACCCUUCUCUACUCGGCCUUUCUGCGUGGUUUGCUGAUCUAAUGGUGCGAUUGAAAGAGCUUGAACAGUGGGUGGGAGAUUUCACUCUACCUUCAACGGUUUGGUUAGCUGGUUUCUUCAAUCCUCAAUCGUUUUUAACAGCAAUCAUGCAGAGCACAGCUCGAAGAAACGAAUGGCCUCUGGAUAAGAUGUGCCUGCAAUGCGAUGUAACAAGGAAACAGAAGGAGGACUUCACGGCUCCACCCCGCGAGGGAGCCUACAUCAACGGGCUGUUUGUGGAGGGGGCACGCUGGGACAUGCAGACGGGGGUCCUGGCCGACUCAAUGCUCAAAGAGCUCUUCCCCACUCUCCCCGUCCUCUUCAUUCGCGCCGUCACACAGGACAAACAGGAAACAAGGAACAUCUACGAAUGUCCUGUCUACAAGACUCGACAGCGAGGACCCACGUAUGUCUGGACGUUCAAUCUAAAAACCAAGGAAAAACCUUCCAAGUGGACAAUGGCGGGAGUUGGAAUAUUAUUGUCGAUUUGAAUCGAGAAAUUUCCCACGCUAGUCACCUUCCACAAUAUUAUUUUAAUCCACCUUCCAUUAUCACGAUUAAUAACUGAUUGUAAUAAACAUGAAGAAAUGAACUAGAACUUCCAAAUUAAAAUUAUGUUAUUGUCUAUCAGAAUAAUUGUUAUUUAGAAACAGAAGAAAUGCCUGUUUUUAGAUUGCAUGUCAAAGUUGAGUUCAUUAAUAAAAAUUAUUAAUUUA